UUUGACUGCCGGUAGGGGUUUUACUCUGAAAGGACUCGCCCGGAUGGCGGCGUAGCGUGCGCUGCGGGACAAGUGUCGGAUUCGGCGGCCGCUGUAGUCUCGCCUCACCUCGUCUUGUCUCGUCUUUGGGCGGUUCCAUCGUGGGAGAGACGUUUAGAGAGCGAGCUCACCGACAGAGAACCAUGAGCGCGCACACAAACAUGGCGCCCGCCUCCGCCGACAACUUCAGAUGAAAGUGCGGACGGUAAAGUUUCCGGGGACUGUUUCGGAGAGGCUCGUUUGUCUUCGUGCGCACCGUCCGGGUCCGAGCCGUUUCCGUGGGCACAAACUGAGACUGCGGACGGUACCGAGCGGCUACACGCAGCAAGUUGCCUACAUGUCAACACUGUCCGCGUCUGCAGCGUAAACAGCUGGAAAAACCCAGCCAUGAUUGAAGACAAGGGUCACCGCGUGACCGACUACUUUGUGGUGGCCGGACUCACCGACAAGUCCACGCCACUGGAGCAGGACCUGUCGGAGACAAAGUCCAGCGGGCCCAAGGCGCCCAUCACCGACCUGGCCGUCAUCAACCGCUCGGCCGGCGAGACGGUGCCAGAGGGCUUCACCUGCAUCGACAGCACGUACAGCGGGCAGCCGGCCAACCUGAACCACGGCAGCCUCAAGAGCCCGGAGCUGUUCCUGUGCUACAAGAGGGCGCGGGACAAGGCUCCGCUCAUCGACAUCGGCGUUCUCUACGAGGGCAAAGAGCGCCUGAUCCAGGGCUGCGAGGUCAUCCAGGCCACGCCGUUCGGCCGCUGCGCCAACGUCAACAACAGCUCGGCCACUUCCCAGCGCAUCUUCAUCACCUUCCGCCGCGCGCAUCCCGUGCAGCCGCAGAACUCGCUGGCCGUGACCGACAUCUGCGUCAUCGUCACCAGCAAGGGCGAGACGCCGCCGCACACCUUCUGCAAGGUGGACAAGAACCUCAACUGUGGCAUGUGGGGCUCCAAUGUGUUCCUGUGCUACAAGAAGUCAGUAUCGGCCUCCAAUUCCAUCAGUUACAAAGCGGGUCUGAUCUUUCGCUACCCAGAAGAGGACUAUGAGUCUUUUCCUCUAUCGGAGUCAGUGCCUCUGUUUUGUUUGCCCAUGGGUGCCAAGAUCGAGUGUUGGGCCCCAAACACCAGAGACCCUCUUCCGGUCUUCUCAACGUUUGUCUUGACCAUCUCUUCUGGUGAAAAGGUGUACGGAUCAGCCAUCCAGUUUUAUGAGCCGUAUUCAGUGGAUCUGUUGAGCGAGAAGCAGAAGAUCCAGCUGGGUCUUCUCACCACGGUGGAGAAGAAGAUGAUCCCCAACCGGCCCGUCAACACCAAUAAAUGCAUCUGCCUCCUGUCCCGCUGGCCUUUCUUCGAGUCCUUCCGCAAGUUCCUGCUGUUCCUGUACAAGCUGUCCGUCUCGGGUCCGCACCCUCUGCCCAUUGAGAAGCACAUUUCACACUUCAUGCACAAUGUGUCGUUUCCUUCCCCACAAAGACCCAGAAUCUUGGUCCAGCUCUCGGCACACGACACAUUGACCCUGUCCCAGCCCGUGUGCACACCGUUACCACUCAGCGGCGCCGACUACGGGACGCUGCUGAUGAACCUGGGCUCUGAGAACUGCGCCACGCUGCUGCACUUCGUCCUGCAGGAGAGCAAGAUCCUGCUGCACUCGCUGCGGCCGGCGGUGCUGACCGGCGUGGCCGAGGCCGUGGUGGCUAUGAUCUUUCCCUUCCAGUGGCAGUGUCCCUACAUCCCCCUGUGCCCGCUGUCUCUAGCCGGCGUGCUCAACGCUCCCUGUCCGUUCAUCGUGGGCGUGGACUCGCGCUACUUUGACCUGUACGACCCCCCGCCAGACGUUGUCUGCGUGGACCUGGACACCAACACCAUCUACCUGUCUGAUGAGAAGCGACACGGCAACUGGAAGAACCUCCCCAAGAAGCCCUGCAAGAGCCUCAUUAGCUCACUGAGCAACUUGCACCAUCAGCUGGCCACUGUUUCCCUCCAUCAGCCGGCACAGGAAGGCUCAGCGGUGGACAUGACCCCCAUCGAGGUGGACUUCACCUGGACCAGGAAAAAGACGUCCCUGGAGAUGGAGAUCCAGGAGGCCUUCCUGCGCUUCAUGGCCUCCAUCCUGAAGGGCUACCGCUCCUACCUCAAGCCCAUCACGCAGGCUCCCUCUGAGAAGGCCACGGCCGCAGACUCCCUCUACGAUCUGCAAGGCUUUCUCAAAAGCAGAGAUCGCACCCACCAGAAGUUCUACUCCCAGCUCACCAAGACCCAGAUAUUCAUCCGCUUCAUCGAGGAGUGCACCUUCGUCAGUGACAAGGACACGGGCUUGGCCUUCUUCGACGACUGCGUGGAGAAGCUUUUUCCCUCUGAUAAAAUCAUGGACAAGGGCACCAAGGUUGAAGGAGAGUCGUGUGAGGACACCAGACUGUUGGAGCUGGAUGAGUCACAGAAGAGUGAGCACACGGUGUUUGUCAUGCCUCCGGAACCGCCGUCUGACAACGGACCUGACCCCGCUCAUCGAUACAUGUAUAAAGCUUUCCCCAGGCUGCAGGUGGACCUGUUCGACCGUCCGAGAGUGCUACGACCGGCCCUCAGCAGCAGAGCAGCCGGGGCCAGUCUGUCCAGCAGCCCGGCUCUGCUGGCAAAGAGGACGAAGCAGGAAAUCAAGCUCGCCUACAAGAUGGCGAAGCGCUUCUACUCCGACCCGCAGCUGUGGGCGCGCUGCCUCUUCAGCCACUGCUACAGCCUGUGGUUCAUCUGCCUGCCCGCGUCCAUGCGGCUGGCCAAGUCCAAGAGCCGGGCCAUGCAGCAGGCGUACAACGUGCUGCUGAAGAUGAGGGCCACUGAGGUGGAGGUGCUGGAUGAGGUGUGCUAUAGAGUGGUGAUGCAGCUGUGCGGCGUGUGGGGUCUUCCUGUGAUGGCUGUGCGCGUUUUGGUUGAGAUGAAGAAAGCGGGAGUGCAGCCCAACGCCAUCACGUAUGGAUACUACAACAAGGCCGUGCUGGAGAGUCCGUGGCCCAGCCGGAACCGCAGCGGCCUCUUCAUGUGGACCAAGCUCCGUAACGUGGUGCGGGGAGUCGCCCAGUUCAAGCACGCUCUGCACCGCACAGCUUCCAAUAAAGGGCCUACGCUGAGUUCAGCAGCCUCGCCAAUGGGAGGAUCAUCUGCCACUGACACGGACCGUCUGAGUCAUGGAAGUGCUGACAGCUCCAAUGAGGUGUUUACUCACGGUCAAAGCAUGGAAGACACCACGGACAACCACUUGGCCACAGGCCGGCAGUCCGAUCAGGGCUAUGGCUCCAAGGACGAGCUGCAUCAGGAGGCUGUUCUUUCCACUGACGACCGAAACGAUGCUAAAGCACAACAUAACGGGGGCGACGUUGCUGGAUCAGUGGACAGUGCUGUUGCAGCAGCAGAACCCACCACUCCCACUGAUCUGCCCUCACCUGGGCCGAGCAUCGUCAGGCUGUCCACCGGCAGCUUUGAUGGUGAAUCAGGUUCAGGGAAGCUCUUCAGAAGACACAGCAAAAACGACAGUGUGUCUCUGGCUGACGAUAAGGCCUCGCUCACGGCAGCUGACGGAGCCAAGCUGCCUCAGCAGCAGCGGCAGAAAACCUUCUCCGAGCGCAGCUGCAGCUUCAGCGCCGAGACCCGCGCUGGGAUGCUCCUGGAGAAGGGCGUGGACCACAUGGCCAGCCAGAUGGGCGCCGACGCUCGGAUCCUCGCAGCAGCCCUCUGUGCAGGACAGAGCCCGCCGCCGGGCAGUGUGUCCAAGACACUGUUCAAAGACCUGGAGGAGGAACCCGAAGACGACAAGGUCUUGAUAUUUGGAAAGCUGACGAAGGAGGAGCCGCCAGGAGCCCCGGAUGAGAGGAAGGCUGAUGCUAAAGAUAAGGAGGAGACGGGGGCGAACGCAGGGACCCGGGACAGGAAGCUCACAGAGGCCCACGAGGACGAGCCCGGGGCACGAGGGACCGUCCUAGAGAGAGCCGACGUGGAGGUGGGAGCCGAUCCGCUGUCCCUCCUGGCGUCCGAGAGCGAAGAGUCGGCGUCUGUCAGCAGUCAGGAGCCGCCGCGCUCCGUGCCCGCGGUGGUGUCUCGCAAGCUGGCAGAUGAGAUCGAGAUGUACAUGAGUCUGCGGAGCCCCCUGGGCGCCAAGUCCUCCAGCAUGGAGCUGCAGCAGACCCAGGGAGACGCCACCGACGCCCCGCAGGCCAAGCAGCCUCUGGAGCGCAGGUCCAGCCUCCCCGUGCCUCCCGUCAACACCCCCAGCGGCUCCCCCAGCGCCACGCCCAAGCGCAGCCCCCACACCGUCACCCGCUCCAAAACCUUCGCCGUGAAGACGCGGGGCCCGGCCAAAGCGGCGGCCAGCCCGGGCCCCAGGUCGUCCUCGCUCACCGCACUGGUCAAGUCCUCGCAGGGGGGGUCGCUGGGCUCCGUCAUCAACUCCAUUUCAGGCAUCAAGAUGGACACGCUGCUGUCGGGACCUAAAAUGGAUGUGCUGAAGUCCAGCAUGAAGCAGGCGGCGAAUGUGGCCAGCAAAGUGUGGGGGGCAGUGGCGUCAGCCUACGCCUACUCAGACGAUGAGGAGGAAGAGGCUCGUGCUGGGGGCAGCUUCCCCACCCACCUGGAUGAACACAUGCUGUCUGCCCACGACCUGGACGAGGGGCCGGGCAGAAGGACCAUCCCAGGGCUGGUGGCCAACGGGCUGAACCGGAGCUGCACCAGCCUGGGCAGCAGCAGCGGCAGCAGCGACACCGGCCGCGGGACGCAGCAGACGCAUCCGACGCCCGGACGAGCAGGCCGAGGCCCGGACUCUGAGCAGAGCUCCUCGCACCACGCGUCCUCCUCGAGCAUCUACCAGAACGUCAUGCUGGAGGUGCUGAUGUCCAGCUGCUCCCAGUGCCGCUCCUGCGAGUGCCUGGUUUACGACGAGGAGAUCAUGGCCGGAUGGACGGCCGACGACUCCAACCUCAACACCAACUGUCCUUUUUGCCGAACGGCCUUUCUGCCGCUGCUGCACAUCGAGUUUCACGACAUGCGCACAGUCCCCAGUUUCUAUAUGAAUCCCAGUGCUUCAGGAGACAGCAUCCACAGCAGCAGCGCCCACCCCACAGCCAGGAGCUCCACGGACGUGAAGACAGCCGACCUGAUCAGCUUCGCUGAAGAGGAAGCGAAGGAGACUCCGGACACGACUCCUGCUGCAAACAAGAGCCUUCCAGGCCCGGUGCAGACGGACCCGCUGGGCCUCCUGGAGCACCAGUCUGCAGGGAAGCAGCAGAGAUGCAGCGGGACGUCCCUGACUCGCAGCAACAGCGCCGGCGGCCUGCUGCAGAGCCUGGACUACUCCCAGAGGCCGGGCCACGGCGUCUCCACCACCAGCCUGCCCUGCAGUCUGCAGGAGGUGUCGGACGGCAUGGGGACCAGACGGCCCAACCCCAAGCCCGUGUCCGUCCCGUACCUCAGCCCUCUGGUGCUGCGCAAGGAGCUGGAGACCCUGUUGGAGAACGAAGGGGAUCAGGUGAUCUACACCCACAAGUUCCUCAGCCAGCACCCCAUCAUCUUCUGGAACCUGGUCUGGUAUUUCCGGCGCUUGGACCUGCCCACUCACCUGCCUGGUCUCAUUCUGAACUCUGAGCACUGCAACAAUGGAGUGCAGCUGCCCCUGACGUCGCUGUCCCAGGACACCAAGCAGGUUUAUGUGCAGCUUCUGUGGGACAACAUCAACCUGCACCAGGAUCCUGAAGAUCCGCUCUACCUGCAGUGGAGGUCCUUGUUGGAGAAGAAGGGAACUCUGGCUCCUACUGACCACCAGGAGAUUCGGACUCUCCUCAACACGAUUGUUCGCAGCAUCCAGACCAACGACGUGUACGGACCCAUCAACCUGCUGAUUCGAGAAAUCAAACAGCGCUCACAGGGACUCAAACGACACAGGAGUGUCUACAGAGAAAUCCUGUUUCUCUCCCUGGUGGCUCUGGGACGUGAGAACAUCGAUGUCGAGGCCUUCGACAGGGAGUACCUCUCGGCCUACGGCGAGCUGAGCGCCGAGCAGCUCAAGUCCCUGCAGCGCCUGGACAAGCCGCCCACCGCCAGCGUGCAGUGGUGCCUCAGGUGCUUCGGAGCCCCCGUCAUCUGAGGCCUGGGGGUGGACUGUGUGCAGCCCUCCACUCUUGGAGCUAACAAACAUGGUACUUCUCCUGCUUCUUCCCCAGCACAGCGUCCGUGGGUCAGGACCUGUGGGCUCGUUGGUCCACAUGUGUGUGUGAUCAUCGCCGUCGCUUACAUCUGUCAGAAUGAAACCCACAUUUGUGCACUUUCUGAACCAACCAACCAUCACGUAACAUUUUUGUACAUAUUUUUUACACGGGGGAACUUUAUGUGGGACGAGGCCUCGACUGGAGGCGUCACUCGAGUCUUACUGAAUGUCUGUGUGAACGCGUGUUCACAGCACGUGUGUACACGGGGGACGACCGUCGAUGACAAUCACUAACGAUCAGCCACUAACAUUGACAUUCCAGCGGCGGAGCUUGGAGGUCGUUUUGAAGGCGUCCUCCAGCCCCUGCUGCGUUUUUAACCUUUUAACAGUAGCACCUCAUUGGAACCAUGAAUUAGGACUGUAACUCAUUGGGCUGCUCCUUCCUCCCGCAGGGAAUGAAGGCGUUUUAAAUUGGGUAUAUUACGGCUUUUAUGGUUUACACAGCAGCUUCAUACCAUGAAGGGCUUCUUCAGCUGAUACUGAGACACAGUCUCUCUUGACAUUCCACUAAAUGCUGAAUCAGGACGCGGACGUCGAGCUGUGAUGGACUAUUGGGAAACUGGGUGCCGGUGAUUAUGUUGUACAUUUGUGGAGAGUCUCGCUGAGUUGUACAGAUGAGAUGAUGUAUAAUAUUUGAUUUGCACUGCAUUGAUGAAAUCCUGAUCUGGGGAAGCAGAUCACAAACGUCACCCACUAGUUGUUGUUUUUUUGUUUUUUUUCCCUCCAAGACAAAAACGAAAUCUCAAUUAUUUAUUUUUGUAUUAUUGACCUUUGCAAUGCAGAGACAGUAACUUUCUCCUUUUUAAUGACUAACAGAGCCCCUCUCCUUCGUACGGUCUUAAGGGAUCCCCCUGUUCUGACUUGGUAAAUGUGGCCGAGGAUUCAGCACAGACUCUUUAGCAGUAGGUUAAGUCUUUACCGUCCUGUGGAAAGGAACUGAAUGUCUACACGUACGUGUGCUGCAAUAAAUGACUUUGUGAACUGAGUGAAAACUAAA